AUGCAGAAGAUCUUCGCUCUCCUUGCCCUUGCCUCCGCGGCCGUUGCCAUCCCCACCAGCCGCGAGCGCCACGCUGCUCGCGUCGCUCGUCGCUCGGGCGGCUCGACCAACCUCGCCCAGGACAUCCAGCUGAACAACAUCACGAACGAGGCCUACACGAGCAACUGGGCUGGUGCUGUCUGGUCCAAGCCUGCUGGCACCUACACGUCUGUGACUGGUACCUUCACCGUCCCCACCCCGACUGGUGCCGACGGCUCGUCUACCGCCUGGGUCGGUAUCGACGGCUCCUCCUGCAGCAACGCGAUCCUCCAGUCCGGCGUUGACUUUGACAUUUCGGGUGGCCAAGUAUCAUACGUUGCCUGGUACGAGUGGUACCCCGCCCCGAUGACCGACUUCGACAACUUCGCCGUCAACGCCGGCGACGUCAUCACCGUCACCGUCACCGCGACCUCGACCACCGCCGGCACGGCCGUGAUGGAAAACACGACCACCGGCCAGAAGAUCACGCAGGACCUGACGUCCUCGUCCGCGCUGUGCCAGCAGGAUGCCGAGUGGAUCCUCGAGGACUUCAGCAUCAACGGCGGCCUCGCGCCGUUCGACAACUUCGGCUCGGUGACGUUCACCGGUAACUCGGCGACGACCACGACCGGCACGGACACGCCCAACGGCGCGACGGUUUACGAUAUCCAGCAGAACGGUGUCACGCUCACUGCUACGACGAUCAACGGCAACGAUGUCACUGUCACGUACCAGUAA